CCAAGUUAAUGAAUUAUUCGAUGUUUGCAUGCCCAACGUCACUCAUCUCGAUAUCAGUUCUUUUGAUGAAAUGAAUGCAACACUGCUGAAGAAAUUAUCCAAAUGUUUUCCCAAUCUUGAUACAUUGCAUAUGGAAGGAGUCAAACGAUGUUCCUCCCGCAUUCAAUGUCCAGAGGAAUGGAAUCAAAUGUUGAAGUUGUUAUUUGAAGAUGAAAACACCUUUCCGAAAAUGGAGAAUUUUUUUAUUGGUGAUAUGAAUGAAUAUUGGGAUGGAGCUGACAUGAAAUUAUUGUCUUGGAAACGACCGUUGAAAGUACUGCAUAUUGAAAAUGGGGCGGCUAGAGUCAACUUCUACGAGAUCAGAACUUCUCCAUGGCGAUUAACACUUACUGAGCUCUAUCUUGGGUAUUUCAUCACGAAUCACGAUUUUCGCUAUAUUGGUCUUUUACAUAAUUUGAAACUUUUGUCUUUGGAUAUGUGUCUUUAUACAGAUGAUGAGGAUAUUUUGCAUCUUAAGAAUUUAUGCAAUCUGGAGGAGUUUCGUUUAGCAUGUGGUGACCAAUACUGCAAUCUUAGUACAGAAGGAAUGAUUGACUUAUUUACGUUACCAGAUAAAGAACCGGAAAAAUCAUUCCCGUAUAAACUUAGAAACCUAGCUCUCACCGAGUUUCAGAUGUGCAAUGCGGAACUUGUAAAGGUUAUUGCCCAAAGUUGUCCAAAACUGCGAACCCUCAAUUUGCAACGCAAUGAGUUUAUGGGCAACAAUAUCGUUCAGUUCGUUAUCAAAAACUUCAAUGAUUUGGUCUUGCUAGAUUUGAGCAAAAUCGGCGAGUUCUAUGAAGAUGAAGUCUGGGAUAAUCUAUGUGAUGAGAGUCUACCAAAUUUACGUUUCUUGAGACUUCAUGACAAUAAGGCAGACAUUGCGAUAUUACAACGCCUGAAUUUGAAACGUCCUAGAUUGUUGAUUACAGUUAAAAUGAAUCAUUUUAUUAACUGGACCGAAACAGAAAAUGGUUACGUCUUCCAUGACACAUACGAUGGCGAUAUCGACGCGAUUAUGAACGAUUUAUCUCAAAUAGAUGGGUUCGGGUGUUGUGGCACGGUAACUCACUUCCCAUCGUCAUUCAUUUCGGCUUAAAAAUAUUAUGCGC